AUGGCCCCAUCAGUCCUCGGCAAGCGUCAGCGCAGUGCUGCUGAUCCUCAUGGCACGACACUCCGCUCUCCCAGGAAGCGACGGUUUGCUCAGCACGAGCCCGAGAUACACCAUGACUGCGAGAGUGAUGAUCCCUUUAGCCUGCCAACACGCCAGCGCAGGUCAAAACGCCUGCAAACAUGCAGUCCGCAAGACGAACCACAGGCCAAGCGCCCAAAAAAUUCUGAACAACCAAACUGUACAGCUUCUAGCAAGCCCCUUCCCAAGUCAGGUCAGGCCAAAAAGACCAAGGAACUGGUAACAGAUGAAAACGCGGACCCGAGCCAAUUCGCAACUCCUCAGUCCAGGAGAUUCAGAGAUGCAUUAUCUACGGUUACCCCCGUCACGCCUAAACACCGUGUACAGGUUGCCAUAAAGCCAGUGACUCCUCGGACACCCAGACCCAUUCCGUCAGUCUCAGCUAGAACUGUCUACACCGACGCCAGACAGCUCUUUGUGCGGAGUGCAAACCCCGGUCGCUUAGUCGGUCGUCAAGCUGAAAGAGAUGAAUUGACGCGAUUCAUCCAGAAUGCAGUCUCUUCGAAGCGCGGCGGGUGCAUGUACGUCAGUGGACCACCAGGCACCGGCAAAAGCGCUUUGGUCGAAGAAGUUUGUCGCGAAUUACAACCCAGAAUCACAGCUAAAGCCGCGUACGUAAAUUGUGCCAGUAUGACGAGCGCCCGCGACAUCUACCGGAAAUUAGUUGAAGACCUUUGUGAUGAAUCUCAAGUAUUUAAAAAGAGUGAAGCUGAACGGCUCCGGGGCAUGUUCUUCCCGAAGAAGAAAUCUUGCAGUGACAUUUUCCUCGUUGCUUUGGACGAAAUCGACCACCUAUUGACAGGUGAUCAAGAGAUUCUCUACAACUUUUUCGAAUGGUCUCUGCAGACGAAUUCUCGCCUCGUUUUAAUCGGAAUAGCCAACGCUCUUGACCUCACGGAUCGAUUUUUGCCUAGGCUAAAAGCGAAAAACUUGAAGCCACAAUUGCUUCCGUUCCUACCAUACACCCCAGCACAGAUAACGAACGUAAUUACGACUCGUCUUCAGUCCCUUUUAUUAGACGAUGCAGCCGUUGCCAAAGGAUUUGUCCCUUUCCUCCACCCUGCGGCCAUCCAGCUCUGCGCGCGAAAGGUCGCAUCACAGUCAGGCGACCUUCGCAAGGCCUUUGAUCUAGUUCGACGCACAAUCGAAUUGAUUGAGCGGGAGCCUAAGCAAAAGUUUGAUGGUGUACCAGCCACUUCCUCCAAACCUCCAUUGCUGGAGAAUAUGAAUCUCGCAUCACCCUUGUCGCCACCAGACACUCCAGAGCCUGUGUCUCGCUAUACAGCUGCCACCGCUCCUCGGGCCACUGUGGCCCAUGUUGCUCGUGUCACAUCUGCCGCCUUUGGGCAUGGGACUACAGAACGUCUACAGGGGCUGAAUCUACACCAGAAAGCAACACUUUGCGCCCUAAUCUCGGCUGGGCGAAAACGACGAGCAACGUUCAAUGGUUCCAAUACCCCAACCAAGUCGCCUCGCUCCACUGCCCCAACCGUAAAGGAGCUAUUUGAUACUUACUCCUCCCUCUGUCGAAGAGACAAUGUCCUCCAGCCCCUAUCAAUCACCGAGUUCAAGGACAUUAUCGGUAGCUUAGAGACCAUGGGCUUAGUUGGCGAAGCUCAAACACGUGGUGGCCGAGGGGGUGCCGCCAUGGCUAGCGGAUCGGUGAUGUUGCGCACCCCUACAAGGACCGGACGAGGUAUCACUGGUUCUCCAUCCAAAAUGGGGGUUGAUGCAAGUGGCCUGGUUUGCUAUGUUGGUGAAGCAGAGAUUGAAGCCCAGAUUACAGGACCUGGUGAGGGCAUUUUGAGAGCCCUAUUGCGAGAGUAG